UUUCUUUUCCCCUAAAACGUUUCAGUAAAUUUAACCCGUGAUGUUCGCACUCGCAAGAAGGCAGCAGUUCAUUCCUGAAUCUGUUUUUCUUUAGGUUGUGCUGUUGCGCACAUAUUUAACGGACGUGCGUCUGGUCGUUUUGGUCUUUACUAGUGGACGACAUGAAUCAUUAAUUUCGCUGAACGUCUAAAUGUCAAUCUAAAGGAGCCCGCAGGAGGUGAAGCGGAUUCCUCUGGUCACGCUCCCGCAAUUAUGGCGUCCGGAUAUGGGUACGAAUCGCGGACUAUAGGCAAAGAUGAUGUGAACUACAGGAUGCAUUUCCGUAUGAUCAACGAGCAGCAAGUGGAGGAUAUUACACUGGACUUUUUCUAUAAACCGCACACAAUAACACUGUUAACAUGCACAGUGCUCAGCUUGAUGUAUUUUGCAUUUACAAGGGAUGAGACAAAUGAAGACGCCAACUUGUGGGUGGGCCUCAUCCUGGUCCUUUCCUUCUUCCUGGUCAUCAGUGUUCUGGCCUUCCCUAACGGACCAUUUACCAGACCACAUCCGGCGAUAUGGCGAAUAGUUUUCGGUCUGAGUGUGCUGUACUUCCUGUUCCUGGUGUUCAUCAUCUUCCUAAACUGGGAGCAGGUGAAGAACGUCAUGUACUGGCUGGACCCCAACCUGCGCUACGCCACCCGGGAGGCUGACAUCAUGGAGUAUGCAGUGAACUGUCACGUGAUCACCUGGGAGCGAAUCCUGAGCCACUUUGACAUAUUUGCCUUCAGCCAUUUCUGGGGCUGGGGCAUGAAGGCCCUGCUCAUCCGCAGCUACGGCCUCUGUUGGACCAUCAGCAUCACCUGGGAGCUCACUGAGCUGUUCUUCAUGCACCUGCUGCCUAACUUUGCUGAGUGCUGGUGGGACCAGCUGAUCCUGGACAUCCUGUUGUGUAAUGGAGGAGGCAUCUGGAUGGGUAUGACUGUCUGUCGCUUCCUGGAGAUGAGGACCUACCACUGGGCCUCCAUCAAGGACAUCCACACCACGACAGGGAAGAUCAAACGUGCUGCGCUCCAGUUCACCCCGGCUAGCUGGACCUACGUCCGCUGGUUUGACCCCAAGUCUUCCCUGCAGCGCGUCACCGGGGUCUACCUCUUCAUGAUCAUCUGGCAGCUGACAGAGUUGAACACAUUCUUCCUGAAGCACAUAUUUGUGUUCCCGGCGUGCCACGCCCUCAGCUGGUGUCGGAUCCUCUUCAUCGGCAUCAUCACCCCCCACCGUCCCCCUCUGUUUCUGCAGUACUAUGCCUACCUCACAGACACACAGUGUAAGCGUGUUGGGACACAGUGCUGGGUGUUUGGGGCCAUAGCGUUCCUGGAGGCCUUGGCGUGUAUAAAGUUUGGAAUGGAGCUGUUCUCCAAGACCCAGGUCCUCUAUGUGCUGCUGUGGCUGGUGUGUGUGGCCUUAAUCACAUUCCUGUGUCUGUAUGGGAUGGUGUGGUAUGCAGAGAUCUACGGCCCCAAAGAGAAGAGCUACUCUGAAUGUGAGGACAGCCACUACAAUGAGGACUUUGUGUCAGAACAAAGGAAAGGAGAACUGCAUUCUGAGGGUGAGGCUCCUCCCACCAGGCAGCGUGGGCGGAGCUCAGGGAAGAACAAAUCCACCAAUGGGCUGGGGAAGAAGUAAUGCUAGCCCUGCCACCCAGGGUGGAGUCCCGCCCUCUUCUCCUGUCAGAACCCCGGACCACAGAGGAAGAGGUGCAUGUUGGGAGAGAUGGAAGAGAAAGAAAGGAUAGACAACACUUUCCCUGUGCAUUUUAACGUACGGAGUAGCACUCAUCCAUAAGAGGGGAGAGUGGGCCCAGGUUAGGGGCAUGGUCAGUGGACAGGAUACAGACAGACACCAUGUCCAUGCAGGGUUGUAGAGGAAGGAGAGGGGGGGAGGGGGUGGCCGAUAGAUCAGAGAACCACACAGAUACCUACUGGUGGUUCACACGGUCAGAGCUCCUACCUACCCUACGGCUGAUCAGUUUGUGUGUGUCUGCGUAAGCAUGUGUGUGUGGUGGCAAUAUUGCUUCUCCUCAGUCAGAACCGAAGAAUGCAUGUUCCAUUGUACAGGAGUUGGUAAAGUACUGUGAUUGGAGAGCUACGUUUAUCCUGUACCAUAUAUCUUUCAUGUGCUUCAGCCCAUAGAAUUAGAAUACUAGAAUGGAUAUGAACCUUCUUAUGAUGGUAUACAGGCUGUCGGCCAUUUUGGUCAGGGAGUUGCUCAACCAUGGUUAGCCAGUGCUGUGAUAAGAUAUUGUGUAAAAUAUUGAAUUGGGGGAAUUUGUCUACAGUGUGUUUGUUAGCUAGCUAACCGGGCAGCUUUUAGAGGAACGAUUCAAUUCAUUUGUCCAAUUAACUGUCAAUAUGCCAACAUUCCAUUCCAACAAUCCAUUCACUGGCUGGUUGGACUUCGGCUAGUUGUAAAUGCAAUAAGUUAGCUAUUGAUUAUUGUAUCAUAGAGGCACUGAGUUUUCCAAGAAAACAACAACAAUUUUGACAUUUAGUCUGUUUACAUAUAUUAUAGAGGCUAUAUCAAAAUGUGUAUAAAACCUGUAUAAACUGUAUUUAUAAUUAUGACUAUUUUAGAUUGACGAUUACAUUAGACAUUUCUGAUA